ACGCAAGUAAAUCAACCGUAUAAAACGCAGUUUUAUUUCAAUUCAAUGCGCUUUUGUUUGUUUGAACCAAGGUAAACCAAUUUAACAUGAAAAACUUUCUUUACUUGUGCCUCACUGCCGCUUCUCUUGGAUUGUGUGCAGCACUAGCGACAGGCAAUACGCAAGCUUUGAGUGCUGUCCAAGAACGAAUAUACAGCAAUUUUACGGUGUUUCAGUCCAAUGUACUGACACCAUUUGCCACCCCACCUCUUGUUAGAGAUGCAACAUGUGGAAAGAAAAACUUACCGUCACUGACUGGAAGGAUUGCUGGAGGAAAUGUUGCCACGCCAAACGAAUAUCCAUGGCAGGCGUUUUUGCAAAUUUCACAAGGUUGGCCUGUGUUUCAGGACUAUGUCUGUGGUGGCACCUUAAUCAGCAAUCAGUGGAUUUUAACCGCCGCCAACUGCCUCGAUGGGGCAUCGUUAAUCAAGGUCUAUCUUGGUGCCCACGAUUUAACUGCUACCAACGAAUGGCAAAGAGUCAUAUUCACUACCACCGAUUACAAAAAGCAUCCCAGUUGGAAUGCGCAGACACUGAACGGUGACAUCGCCCUCAUCAAAUUGCCCGUCCCCGUCAACUUCACCUCUUAUAUCAAACCGAUUUGCUUGCCAUCUACGAAUGAUCCUAGCCAUAAUGGCGAUACUGUUUACCUUACUGGAUGGGGAAGAACUUCUGGCUCGGGAUCAGUGGGACCAUUGAGUCCAGUUUUAAGGGAAACGACAACUACCGUCAUUGGCAAUUCCGAAUGUUCUUCAAUCUAUGGGAAUGUCGUGACUGACAACAUUAUUUGCAGCAGUGGAGCUGGAGGUCGGGGAAUCUGUCCGAGUGAUAACGGUGGGCCUAUGGGCUACAUGAACGCUGAUGGGACUUUUACUCAGAUUGGAGUUGCAUCUUUCUAUGCGGCUUCGGGAUGUGAAAACAGCCUGCCGUCUGGAUUCACUCGCAUUCGAAACUAUGUGAAUUGGAUAUCACAAGAAACGAGUAUUCCUGUUCCGAAUUCGGCCGUAUCCAAUUCCGAUUCCUCAUGUUUAAAGUUCAUCCUUGCAAUCGCCAUUGCCAUCCAAUGCUAUUUCUUUGACUAUGUUCUUAGAGACGGUUCGAUUCACUAACGACCUGGUCGACCUUGUGUCAAGUCAUUUCUCUCCUCACCUUUACAAAUUCCGCAUAUGAAAAGAACGAAAUUAAACAUGUGGCAACUAAAAUGUA